GUUGAAACGGCGAAAGGACGUUAGUUGGCGCCACGACCGACCGACGGCCCGGAUGACGGAGACAGCGCCGGACGCCUGCGUCGCGCUCUACCGCAUCGAGAGCAUUCUCACAGGCAACAGAUGCUCGCUCGGCCUUCUCGUCGCACCGCCGGUACCGGACGACGCACCACUGCUGGCGGCCACCGGCGUGCAACUGGUGCUGCUCCGUGCUGCGCAGACGAUUCCGCCGCCACAGUACGCACUGUACCAAGCAUUUACGAGGUACGCGUGCAGCCAAGUAUUGCUGGACGCACCGCCCUUCGGGACGCGUCCCGCUUGCGUCACCUUGGUGCCAUUGACAGCCGACGGUGCGAUUGACGAGAUCCUCGUACGGCGCUGCUGCGAACCGCAGACAAGGGAAGAAAAGCUUAAAUGCAGCGCCGCGUCUUGCGAGCUGCCUGCUGUGGUCGUGUAUCAAGACGUGCCGUACAUCGCGGACGCCGUCGCGUCCGAACUUACGCCGAACUCGCUGCUUCCGACGACCGGCAAGAGCUAUGCUGAGACGGCGCUGUUAAAAGCACCAGGGACGAGCUUGGACCUGACGCAGCACCUCUGGCGCGCCCGCCAAGCCCGCGCCAAGCCCGGUAUGCUCGCCAAAGCAACCCCACCCAAGAAGCGCACUUACAUCCAUUUGAUACCACAGCUGUGCGCAGUGCACCCACUGCCGUGCGCGCUCUGGCACGACCUCAAGCGGCUUCCCACCAUUUUGUAUCUCUGGCAAAAAGAUCGCGCCGAAGCGGAGCUGCGAUCGCGGUGGCAGUGGCCGCACCCUCUCACCGAAGCCCUCACGGCGUCCAGCGCCAAGCUGAGCUACAGCAAUGAACGAUUGGCAUUUCUUGGCGAUGGCGUGCUCAAGCUUGUGCUGACCAUCGGCGUGAUCCAAAGUGGGCAGUGGCGGCUCACGGACGCCCUGAAGGUCCAGCGACUGCGAAACCUUCAAAACGCAACGCUGUGCACGGUGGCCGAGACGGCCGACCUUCUUUCGUGCGUGGAUGUCGUCGGCUUUCACGGCUCGUGGCUCCAGCCGCUUCGGGGCGAUACCUGGUCGCUCCCUCAAGAGACGCUGACUCCGAGUACGCGCAUCAAGACGUACGCGACGGUCGUCGAAGCCCUCUUGGGCGCGGCGUAUGACGCUGCGGGCAUGCCAGGCGCGAUGACCAUGGCGUGUCAUCUCAAGCUUGUCUCGAGUCCCAGCGUGGAUUUGCCGCGCAAGGAAUGGGCAGUACCCGCGAACGCCUCGUGCAACUGGCAACUCGGGGCCUUUGGUUCUCCCAUCAACCAGCCAGCAAUUGCGACCGCUGCUGCUGCCUGUGUGAGCGCCAGUCUAAGCGCCGAGGCGUCUACUGACGGCCCCAGGCUCCUUGGUGAAUCGCUUCAGUACGCGGCAACCGCGAUCGACCUCUAUGCAACGGGGGCGGAUCCGGGCGAGAUGACACGGCGCCGUCAUUUCGUCACUCGGACCUCGCUCGGGGCGUACCUCGUAGAAAAUAACAUCGUGCCACCGCCAGCUCCGAGUGCAACGGCACUCGGAUAUGCGUACGAAGGGCUCCUCGGUGCGGUCGCUAGCUCCUCGGGCAUCGAAGCAGCGCUAGCAUUUGCAACGGCGUGGAGCCGGCCGCUCUUGGCUUCGGCGCUUGUCGAGUCGGCGUCGAGCGCCCGCGAUGAGUGAGCGAUAGAUAGAUAGUGCCAUGUACAAUACGACACCCAAUAUAGACGAUUAUA